AUGCGUUUCUCCGUCGCCACCGUUUUCUCCGCCCUCGUGGGUCUGUCUGUUGCCUACACUGCUCCGGACUACACCAAGAACCCCACCGGCAAUGCCAUCUCCUCUCCCAGCCUGAACGAGAUCGUUCCCGAGGGCAAGACCUACACCAUCAAGUGGUCCCCCACCACCACCGGUCCCAUCUCCCUGGUCCUCCUGCGCGGUCCCUCCAACAACGUCGUUCCCCUCAAGACUCUCGCUGAGUCCAUCCCCAACAGCGGCGAGUUCAAGUGGACCCCCGGUUCCGACCUCGAGGCCGACGUCAGCCACUACGGUCUCCUCCUCGUUGUCGAGGGUACCGGCCAGUACCAGUACUCCACCCAGUUCGGUCUCUCCGCCGCUGCUGGCUCCAGCUCCAGCUCCAGCUCCAUCGCCACCGAGAGCGUCGAGGUUACCACCACCAUCUGUCCCGAGACUGAGACCAGCGCCGCUGCCUCCGCUCCCACCUCCUCCUCCACCGUCGUCGAGAGCGUCGAGGUCACCACCACCAUCUGCCCCGAGACUGAGUCUACCGCUGCUGCCACCACCCCCGCCCCUAAGGCCACCACCACCGGUCUCUCUCCCGUCGGACCCCCUCCAGCACCCCCCUGA